GUUAUUCGACGCUGUUCUUUUUUCUGCACCGACGCGACGAACAAAACCAUGGCGGAGUUAAUAUCGUGCGCGAAAAAUACACAACUGCACAGCUUUCCCGAACUAGAGCAUCUAUCCAGCAGCGCUCAUGUCGACAACAACGGGUCCAGUGAUUGCCAGUUCUUUGGCUCGUCCAAGCUGUUUGUUCGGGCAAACAAGAACUGGGGCAUCGAGCUGCUGCGCAUCAAAAACAGUGAGCAGGCUUCGAAUGAUGGCGCUAACGGAUGUCCUGAGGGCAACUGUACCAUUGCCAACGUUAAGAAGAUGAUGAUUGAAAAUCUAUACUGCGUCGCCUGUCCCAAAAGCUCCGGCCGAGAUGAGAUAGCCAUAGGACUGACUUCCGGCACGGUACGCUUCAUGAACUACAGGAAGGCUAAUUUUACCAAACGCUUCAACGCGGAUGGCAUCGCCAUCGGUGUCACCUUUCUGGAUUUCAACGCCAACGACCAACUGCUGGCAGCAGUUUAUGAGAAUGGACUGAUCAAUUUGUAUGGUAUGAAAACAAGCGUCAAGUGCCAAACGAUUUCGUUCGACAAAAACACGAUCAAGGCUCGAUUCCAUCCCACGAAACGCAGCAUCCUGGCAAUGGCCUCUUACAAUGGGGCAAUCAUGCAAUACGACACGCAAACAAGGAAACCAGUGUUCUCUCAACCAACUGCGCACACUGCACCGUGCAGAGAUGUGGCAAUGAUAGAAACGUAUCCAGAUUAUUUAUUUUCCGUCGGGUAUGACUCCGUGAUCAAUAUUUUCGAUGUGCGCUGCAAGCAACCGGCAUCACAAGUCCAGUCGAACUAUCCUUUCGAAUCGCUGGCGAUCGCUAACGAUGGACACCGAUUCGCCGUGGGCAAUUUAAAAGGCUUCGUCUAUGGCUACGAUAUGCGCAGUCUGCGCGAUCCGCUUAAUAUGCAGAAGCUACAUCAAAGCAACGUGAACAGCUUGGCAUUCGUGCCGCAACAACAGAAGGAUGGUUCUGGACGACGCAGCAUGUUCGAGCUGGAAGAAGCGUGCAAUGCCACUGCUACUAAGGGAGCGGUACGGAGAGGUCGUGUAAGCGAGGGAUCGAACAAUGUCGCCGAGCUAAAGAAUACAGGAAAGAAUGAUCAUGUCCCCGAGCAGCGUGAUAGUUUUAUGGGAGAAAUCGAUAUGUUUCUGCAGCGUCGAGAUUCCCCACUGGACUGUAUGUCCCGUCUAAGCACAUCAUCGCGCCAUAGCACUGAAUCCCGCAACAGUAUGCAAAUGCCAGACAACAAUAUGGUGGGCCUGCUCGACGACCUUUCCGACUGCAAUCUGGAUAUGAUGGAAGGAAGGGUAGACGAUUCCGGGGAAAAAUCUUCGCACACGUCGCUCGGCAUUGAUGAUAGCUUCGUUAACAUCGACCGGCUGGUGAAACGGACAAAAAUAGAGAGUAAUGGUCGAACGUUUAGUGGCACCGGCGAUCUGCAGCGGCUACAUCGCACGGCGAUAAGCUCGAGAGUGGGGGAAAACUUAGAAUACAUCUGUGAAGAAGGUUCCGAAAUGGUAGAAAGCGAUUGCGAAGCAGGCGUCAGACGCAACGACGUUACCAACAGCAACGCUGACAACAGAGCCAGCAGCAGUAGCACUAGCAGCAAUAUUACUAGUGUCAGUAACAGCAGUACCCACAAAGUUACUAUUAGCGCGAGUAAUCGCGUUUUGAUCGAGAGUCAACAAGGAAACUUGGUUUCUAGGCCUACCAGCUUAACGCCCAGUGGUGUUGCUCCGGAAGCAUCGCAAUCCAACAAAGAGAACCAAACGCGCCACUUGCCGCUGAUGAACGUUAAAGAAGAACCCCAUCGCCUAGCAUCCCAUUCUGCUCCCCUCGUCGAUAUGACGCCAGUAGGCGACGGAAAUCAAAUCAAGCCGGCAAACCAACGACCGGAUCCAGAAUGUACUUCUCCAGGCAUUCGCACUGAAGUAGAGGAGCUUCGCCAAACCAUGCUGGAGCAGUUUCAGCUGAGCAGCCUACAGCACCAGGACUCGGAACGGGAACUACGUAGCUACCUCUGGAUGGGGAUGUUCAAUCUGUGGCGUGAAACGCAAAGCAAACUGGAAUCGUUAGAACAAACCGUUUCCACAGGACUAGGGAUGCUGUUAGCGAAAGAUGAGUUUGCACAGCAGUUCAUUGCAACGAGGGCAGAAAAUGAUACUCUCAAAACUCGAGUGCGUGAACUGGAAGAAAAACUGCAAAAGUUGGGAACUAGUUCGUUAAAACGUUAAGCCGAAAACUUUCAAUAUGAUCUAUAACAAUGUUGACAUUGCAGAAAUUAAUAGAAGAGGAAGAAGCUUGAUUCAUGCCAUAUUAAAUUUUCUUGUCGCUUUUAGCCGAAAUAAUUGUCAGUUACAUGAAAUUUACUUUUUACGCGGCAUUAAGAAGGUCCUUGGAACCGCAAUAAACAAGACUCUGCU